UGGUCUCGCUAAUGUUAGGUAACACACCAUUUCGCCUGAACGUUCACUUAUCGGCUUAUCUGGCCUGCGUCUCCGCCAAAAAUUUCGGUGCAUGCAACGUCCACACGGCCAAGUUCGUAGGCCGUCUUCCGAGAUCCAGGCCGUCGACACCGGGGCCCAGUACGACACCACGAGGAGGAUCGCAUCGCUUGGCCCAGAACAGCCGACACAAUGGCGAUCCAGAAGAAGCACGGCAAGGGCCGCCUCGACAAGUGGUAUAAGCUCGCCAAGGAGAAGGGAUACCGCGCUCGUGCCGCCUUCAAGCUGAUCCAGCUCAACAAGAAAUAUGGCUUCCUCGAGAAGAGCAGGGUCGUGCUGGAUCUCUGCGCGGCGCCCGGAUCAUGGUGUCAAGUGUGCGCCGAGACGAUGCCCAAGGACAGCAUCAUUAUCGGUGUCGACCUCGCUCCCAUCAAGCCGAUUCCCAAGGUCAUCACCUUCCAGAGUGACAUCACAACCGAGAAGUGCCGGGCGACCAUCCGCACACACUUGAAGACGUGGAAGGCCGACUGCGUGCUCCAUGACGGCGCUCCCAACGUCGGCACGGCCUGGGUGCAGGAUUCAUACAACCAGGCCGAGCUCGCGCUGCACUCGCUGAAGCUUGCCACCGAGUUUCUGAUCGAGGGCGGCACUUUCGUGACAAAAGUAUUCAGGUCCAAGGACUACAACCCCCUGCUGUGGGUUCUCAACCAGCUGUUCACCAAGGUUGAGGCGACAAAGCCCCCGUCCUCGCGUAAUGUCUCGGCCGAAAUCUUCGUCGUAUGCCGCGGCUUCAAAGCGCCGAAGCGCAUCGAUCCGCGCCUGCUCGACCCCCGCUCCGUCUUCGAGGAUCUGAAAGACCCGGCGCCAAACAACGAGGCCAAAGUGUACAAUCCCCAAGUGAAGAAGCGGAAGCGAGAGGGCUACGAGGAGGGAGAUUACACGCAGUUCAAAGAGAUCGCGGCUAGCGAGUUCAUCCAGACGACCGACCCGAUCGCCAUCCUCGGCCAGUACAACCGGCUGACGUUCGAGCAAGCACAAAACGGCGAUGUGGCGCUGGCUGCGCUAGACAGGUUGCCCGAAACGAACGACGAGAUUCGCGCCUGCUGCGCCGACCUGAAGAUCCUUGGGAGGAAAGAAUUCAAAAUGUUGCUGAAAUGGCGCCUUAGGGUACGCGAGAUCUUUGGGCUCCCCACGAAAAAGACAACCAAGACUCCGAUCGCCGAGGAGGUGGCAGAGGUGGAGAAUAUGGACGAGGAGCUCAAGAUCCAGGAAGAGCUCCAGCGGAUAAAGGAGAAGGAGUUGUCCAAGAAGAAGAGGGAGAGGCGCAAGGAAAACGAAAAAAAGCGCAAGGAGAUUGUGCGCAUGCAGAUGAACAUGACGGCGCCCAUGGACAUUGGGAUGGAGCAGGAAGGGCCCCGAGGCGAAGGCGCCAUGUUUCGCCUCAAAGCGAUCGAUCAAACUGAGGCUCUGCGCAGGAUAGCAAAGGGCAAGAUGGCCAUGCUCACCGAGGCCGAGGCGAGGAAAGACCGCGACUCCGGCAUCGGCUCUUCCGGCGAGACGGACGACGAGAGUGACGAUGAUGGGGAUCGGCUGGAGCGGGAGCUGGACAACAUGUACGACCAGUACAAGGAGAGAAAAAUGGCAGCCGACGCGAAGUACCGGGCCAAAAAGGCUCGGCAAGAGCACGCCGACGAGGAGUGGGAGGGCGUGUCGGCCAGCGAGAAAGGGGACAGUGAUGACGAGGACUCGGCGCUUGAAGAGGACAGCAGCGACGACUCGGACGCCGAGGAGCGGGGGGACACUAGCAAACCGCUUAUACGGGACCUCGAUAACACUCCUCAGGACGGGACGGGGCUCUCAAAGCGGGCCCGCGGUUUCUUCAGCCAGGAUGUCUUCCAGAGCAUUCCGGGGUUACUCGAUGUUCCGGAAGAAGAGGAGGAGGCGAGCGAGGAUGAGGUGCCGACUAUCCAGGAGCAGAAGAAGAAGCACAAGGAAAAGCCGGCCUCUAAGGACGAGGAGGGCAGUGGUGACUUUGAGGUGGUCAAGCGGCACGAGGAUGAUGACUGGGAGGAGACGGAAAAGAAGACCAAGGACGGAAGACCCAACAUCGACAUUAUCACCGCCGAAGCCAUGACGCUGGCUCACCAGCUGGCCCGCGGCGAGAAAUCGGCCCACGACAUCAUCGACGAAGGGUACAAUAAAUACGCCUUCAAGGACCGGGACGGUCUGCCCGACUGGUUCCUGGAUGACGAGAGGAAGCACGACAAGCCGCACAAGCCCAUCACCAAGGAGGCGGCGGCGGCGAUCAAGGAGAAGCUGCGGGCCUACAACGCCAGGCCGAUCAAGAAGGUGGCCGAGGCGCGGGCGCGGAAGAAGCUCAAGCAGGCCCGGCGGCUCGAGAAGCUCAAGAAGAAAGCCGACCUGCUCGCCAGCGAUGAGGGCAUGUCGGAAAAGGAGAAGGCCACCAGCAUCGCCAAGCUGCUGUCUGCGGCGGCCCGGAAGAAGCAGAGACAGCCGGUCAAGGUUGUCAAGGCCGUCGGUGUGAACCGUGGCAUCGCCGGCAGGCCGAAGGGCGUCAAGGGCAGGUACAAGAUGGUGGAUCCGCGUAUGAAGAAGGAGAUGAGGGCGCUGAAGCGGAUCGCGAAGAAGAAGAAGAGAUAGCGGCAAGAUUGGCGGAAAGGGGACGGCACGGGGCGACUUUAAUCCAAGGG